AUGCUGCAGAAUAACUCAUUUCUUGAGGAUGAGAUCAAAACAGAAGAAGAAACGGAGGAAUCGAGUUCUAAUGAAGAGGAACUUCCUUACGAAAUAAUCGACCGGCCCCAGUCAAAGUUGUGCACCUUUGAUGGUGGACUACUCAUAGUGUGGGGCUGCGGAGAAUUCGGUCAGCAUGGCCAUGGAUAUUGUGAAGAUGUGCCCAUUACUGAUGCCUUAGUUAGUCCCUUGUGGCUGGGAAAAGACAGAGUGGUGGUUGAAGUAGCCUGUGGAUCAAGUCACACUUUGGUCCUUACUGGUCAGUGACUUUAUGAGUGAUUAAAUAUCAUAAAUUUAUCAUUACUAAUUGCUUGUUAAUAAAUAAUAAUCUGCCCUGUUGGGACCUUUUUGAUAGCCCAUGUAUUUUACUGAUUUGAAUUAAUUAUAAUUGCCUCCCUUUUGCUAAAAACUCUCCAUAUGUGAUGUCAAUAGUAUUCAUUAGCCAUCUAAGAUGGUAAAAUUCUUGGCUAUCAUCCUGAAUUCUUUGCUUAAAUCUUGACGGCAUGAGUUACAUUUUAUUCAUAUGUGAAGAAUAUUCAUGCAUCAUUAAAUUAUUUUUUGUCCUACUACAUCUAUUAACAAAAAAAACGCUGACCGCACACUAUAACUAAGUGUGAUUCACAUCUUGCAUCUUGCUCACUUAUCUGGUUUGCCUGCAAAGCAUUCUAUUCCAUUUUUUUUUUCUAAAUUGAAGCUUGAGUGGAGUGAGACUCUCAUGAGAGCAUAGGGCAGUAGUAUGCAAAAACAAAAAACAUUAACUUGAAAACACUGCUAAACAGGCUAAUGAUUUGCUGAUGAUUUGGUUUGAAUAACUCGUAGAUGAUAACAAGAUCUACAGUUGGGGGAACAGUAACAGUGGCCAGUUAGGAGUAGGUGGCACUGAAACCAGUCCACAUCCCCGCCUAGUGCACUUGGGGGUGUCAUCAGGCACUAAACUGACGGAGAUCUCUUGUGGUACAAGACACAGCUUUGUAUGGACACAAGAUGGAGACUGCUUCAGCUUCGGCAAUAACUAUGGUGGGCAGUUGGGAUAUGAUUUCAGGAAACCUGAUUUCAAAGAAAACCAGGUGAGGUUUUAUGUCAGGUUGUAUCAUUCUAUCUAUUGCAAGAUAGUCUGACACAUUUUAUGAACUGAGUUGAUUAUAAAAAUUGACUGCAGUAAAGAGUUCUAAUACUCAAGUUCAGAGCAUUUGCCAUUUGUUAGAGCAAACCAUUCACUCUAGUGAAAUGCAGAGCAAUAGAUUAACAGGUACAUGUAGCUAGAACUUUUUUCCUUGAGUGAGGAUUAUAACUUUGCCCUAACUUUUGAAAGCAUUUAACCACUACAAUUUCUGAGUCAAUAGCCGAAAAGUAGUUGCUCUCAUUAUUUAUGUAAGAGCAUAACUUUAAACACAGCUUUCCUUUAAUCUGUGUACCAAUAUUUAAUUUUUUUUUCUAGCUUCUACCAGUUUUUGUGGAUACUCUUUUACAACGCUCUGUGUCUCAAGUUGCUUGUGGAGCUCGUCAUUCUGUAUUUUUGUUUACUAAUGGGCAAGUGGCUGCUGUUGGUGUAAACAACAGGGGGCAGAUCGGUUGUGGUGAUACAGUAGAUGUGAUCUGUCCCAAGACUGUGCCUGACUUACCACCCAUUUCUGUAAUUGCUUGUGGCAACAGUCAUAGUAUAGCUGCAGAUGGUAUGUAACUCAGUGUGAAAAGACUUAUAAAAAAAAGUCUACAGUAGAUAUUAAAUAGAUAUUUAAGUGAACCACAUUUUAUGGCCCAGUUUUUCAAAAGGUGGAUAGCUCUUUAUCCAACCAAUGUAUCACUCUCCAACAGAUAAGUGUUAAAAAAUGGUUUUCCACUGUCAACCACCUAGAGAUUUUAUCCAGUGGAAACUAUUGUCCGGCCUUCAAACAACCAGAGCCAGAUGAUUAAUGGAAUCAAAAUUGUGGAAUUUGUUUAAGUUGGUGAAUUGUUAGAUGUGGUGUCUUUAAACUUCAGGCUACUGGUGUCAAUUUCACUUGCUGAGGGAAGAGAAAAUUGUAGCCAAAUUUUGGUUGGUAUUUACCUGAUCGAAAAUCGAAAAGAAAAAAAAAACAGAAAUGAGUCGUUGGUUCUCACAGUCUCAUUUAUUAAAAAAAUCCUUUACACUGAAUUAAAGGAAACUGAUUUUAUUAAAUAACAACUAUGCCGUCAACUUAGCAACAGACUCAUCCCUGUGUUACAAGCUCUUGAUUUGUACCAUGUUUGUUGUCUUUUCUUUGAUGGCCAUUCAUUGGAAGGAAAUGAAAAUAACUAAGAAAAAAGUAUCAUAAUUCACUGCUUCCUGGUUGGCAUGAAUUACCAGCUGAUUGUUCAGCUUCAUAUCUUUCACUUCGAUUCAACGUUGUGUUAGCAAAUUGUUGAAGUAUUAGUAGCAUGUUGUCUGAUGCCUGGCCCCCAUUAAGUAGUGUGCUUGUUUAAGAUUAUUUGAAAAAGUCACAUGCAGGCGAAGAUUAAUGAAAUUCUCCCAGGGAAUCAGAAGUUUUAUUCAGCCUCUUCUUAUUAAUUUGAUUAACUUGCAUCUUUCAUUUAUUGGCGUUAAAUUUUUAUAGUAUAUCAAUGAUUAUGGGAUAAUGGAUAAUUGGGAUGGAUCAUUGGAUAAUGCAAUUCAAGAGUUUUCAUCAGCUUAGCCAUCAUGGGUUAUGAGAUUAAACUAUGUGUGCCCAUGCAGACAAGUUUAACAGGAAUUGUUUUUGUACAUUGUAACAUUCAGUUUGUUCUUACUAAAAAAAGUUGAGAAGAUUUAUCUAUAUUUUGGGGACUUUUUAAGCCUUUAGCCCCCAAGAGUUACCAGCAUCUAAAUUCUCCUCACCAUAUCACCCCUGAAUCAAACAUGAAAGUCAUGAGAAUAAAGGGGAUGAUCACCAACAAAAGCAGCUCUUGAUUGUUAAACAAAUUCUCCUUGUCAGCCUCUUUGGAAAUGUAUAGAGCACAGUAUGGAGAAUAUGCAUGCUGAUGUUUGUGGGUUAAAGGGUUAAUAAAACAGUUAUUUUACUUGUGCUUGAUAUAGAUAUGAGAUGAUUAUGACCAACUCAGCCCUGUGGUCUUCCUGGGCUAUCUAUCAUCUCAUAUCCAACUUGCGCACUCAUGGAAUAAUUGUUUAAUAGUCAAUAAUUAUGAUGCUGGAAAUAACAUUUUUUUCCCCUGCAUUUGUUAAUCUCUCAGUUCAUGGCAGUGUUCAUGUUUGGGGAUACAGUAAAGCAUGUGGUGCCAAAACAGAUGUCUUGUCCCCUGUGCAUGUGUUUUCAAGCAGUGAAUCAAAUGGAAUCCAGGAUUUAGCUGGUGGUGACUCUCAUUCAAUGAUCCUUACUUCAGAUGGCAUUCUUUACUCCUGGGGUAAUAACUUUGAGGUGAGAAAAACAAGGAGAUACUUUUGUAAGGGAUUACACAUUUAAAACAUCAUUCCCUUGAAUAUUCAAGACUAAGUGACCAUUUAUUAUGGAAUCAUCUUUAAAAAACAGAAAGGGAAAGGAUCCAGAUAAAGCAGAUUUUAUACAGAUGUGAGACACAGUAGUUGUACACUGGACUCUGGGUUAAGAGGUCCAGUUUCAAGACCUGGCCUGGUCAGUGUGUUGUGACCUUGGGCAAAAUACUUCACUUUCACAGUGCCUCUCCCGCCCAGGCAUAUGUAUGAGUACUGGAAAAUUUUUAGGGGAGCCUGAUGAAAUACUGGGGGUUACUUUUUUGAUGGAAUGGCAUCCCAUUCAGAAGGGAGUAGCUAUACUCUUAGUUGCCACAUGCUAUGGAAACUGGUAUAAGCUCCAUCUGUCAGGACAAGUGGCUCAAGUACAGACUUUUCACUUUUACUAUACAGAUUUUGGCUUCCCAACAAUAUGUGUUACCCUCGUCUGUGUAGGAGUGCAUUGAAAUACACGAGUUAGCAAUAUGAUGAACUUUUGAGUUCUCAAUUUCAGGGUCAACUGGGACAUGGAAAGUCUGUGAAGUUUCUCAGCAAUCCAACAAAGUUGAGCUCCAGUUUACUUCCUGGAAUGGUGAUCAGUGUUUCUAUUGGCGAGAACACUUCUGCUGCUGUUACAGGUAAGAACAGAUGGUAUUACUUCUUUCACUUAUAUGAAUGCUGUUCUUUCCUGUUAAUUUUUUAUGUGCAUUGCCAUUAUGUCACCCAAAAAAAAAAUCGACGUAUACAAGGUAAGGAAAAGCUCUGAGAAUAGUCGCAUUGGAAACAACUAAAGGAACUUAUUUCGAGAGAAACGAAAAUCCUCCCAAAAUAAACUGUGUAAAAACACAUCAUGCAAGAAAAUAGAUGCGUCUUUUUGGAAUCGAAAUUAAAGAGAAGCUUAAGGUCUUGGAGAGAAAAACGAGUUACACUAUGGGGAGAGAGAUUCAUUAACCCUUCAACUCCUAAGAUCUGAUUGUUAAUUCUCCCCUCUAACUGACACACAAUUGCUUGUAAAUAAGUUAUGAGAAGUUGGUGUUAGAUCAAGAUAACGACUUCUUCCUGAUAAGUUUGAGUAUUCUUAUUACCUGGGUAAUCACUUCUGGGAGUUGAAGUGUUAAGACUGUCUUUGACUUAUCAUGUAAAAUUAAUGAAGAAAUCAUGAUGUGCGUUUCUUUGCAGAUGAUGGUAAAUUGUACCUGUGGGGCAAAAACGCCAGCCAGAUUAUCCGUAUGGACGAAAGCAGCAGAUUUUUCCAGUUUGAACCGUUUCAUGUCUCUCUAGGAACGUGGAAAGCUUUGAAGGUCUGAUUAAGUUUGAAAUUAUGAGUAUAUACGUACCUUUGUACAUAGGCUACAAACUCACUUGCUUAACCCUUUACAACCUAACAUAAAUUUUCAUAUCCUCCAUACUGUUAUCUAUACAUUUCCUAAGGUUCUGACAAGGAGAAUUUGUUUAACAAUCCAGAGCUUCUUUGGUUGGUGAUCAUCUCCUUUAUUCUCAUGACUUUAGUGUGUGAUUGCAAGGUGAUAAUUGUAAGGAGAAAUGAGAUCCUAGUCAGUCUUAGGGUUCGAAGGGUUAAUGCGCUUUGUGAUGGGAUUUAAAAAGAAUAGAGAAACAGACAGCUUGCCUUAAGGCUUAUUUUUGACGGUUGAAUUUAUCCUCUUGAAUCUUUGGACGUAAUUCGUCCCGGUUAGAUGGUAACCCUUAAAUGAGAAUUUGCUAGGGUGGGAAGGUUUUGAAGGGGAGUAGAUAAAACGGGAACAGAGAUGGAGAAAGAUGGAGUACGUUUUUGGCCGUGUAGUAAGUGCGCUGGAAUUGUUUGUUUCAAUGGUCCUCCAUUUCCCGAUGUGUCUGCCUAUCUCCUCGUUAAUUCUCGUAUCAUAGGAUCGUUUUUCCCUCUUUGCUUGAUAACGUUCGUUAGGAAGAAAUAUUAAGAAACCUCGAAAACUGACCAUCACUACAUUUCUCUUGCUUUGAAGGUUUCCUGUGGUUCUUGGCAUGUGGCGUGUAUAGUUUGCCCCAAUCAGAAUAGUAACAAGGUGGUUGCUGAAAUUCCCGAGGAAAUACCUGGAGUAGAAACAACUGCUGUCCAGAAUGAAGCUGAGGAUAGCUUUGACGAUGGCUUACUCGUUUUAAAGCGUAAGCAAGAGGCUGACAUGAAACCGAAAGAGAAUUUUACGUGGAGUGACAAGGAAACACUUGCCAGUGAUGAAAUAGGAGUUUCUCAAGAUUCGAUAAACCUUUUGAAUCAGACAAGAACUGAAUCGAACCAGAGGAUUUUAACUGGUUCAGAUAAUACUGAUUCAGAAAGUCACAAUACGGAGCAGAUUGAGCGCUCGUGCAGAGAUAGUUAUAGCAAGGAUUUUAUCGUGGAUGGAGUAGUAUAUGAUGCGGGUAUAAAUAGAAAUGCUAUAGCUGGAGCAGACCUCGAUAAUCCUACGGUUACAAAUAACUUAGAGGAAAAACCUGCUUCCACUCUCGAUAGUAAAAAUGAAGAAAUGACUGACUGUGUAAAAAAACUUGUGCACGAGGAAAAACCGGCCAUCAGCCCUAAAGUACCACAGUUAUCUGCUUCUGGUGAUCCAGCCAUAAAGGGGAUGAGUGAACGCCUGAGAAAAAAUUUAGAGCUAGGAUUUGUGGAUCGAAGGUCACUUCUGAAGCACCAUUAUCCUUCAAAGACGCGCGAUUUUGUGAUCAAAGAUAAAGUUACAUCGACAAUUAGUGAAGCAUUACACGACGUUAAGCCGCUGUCCAGUGCCUUAACAGAACCGAAAACAAUCUCAUCCACUAAUGAUUUUGAAUCAAAGCAACCAAAAGAGCAAACUGAAAAGAAUUUUGAAUCCAGUGUAGACGAUGAAUUUGAUUACGCUUUUGAAAAAUUCAACGGAGACCCAAACAGGGUUGAAGCAGUAUGCGAGGACGAAAAAGAGGCAGUCAUCGAGAGUAAAGACGAAAUAAACCGUGUAACACGACCUAGAGCUUGCUCCGAACAGCGUAGUGGUGAAGACGCUUUGGUAUCGGAAGAAAUUAAAAUUGCCCUGCGGAGUGGGUCCCUUGACAGUUUGAAGCUUCAUCAUCAACAGGACGAUGCUGCCAAGGAUUUCAAGCCAAGUCGGGUUCGUUAUAGUCCUCCUGCUCAUUCACAGAGCCCAGUGGGACAUCUGAACCGAGAAAAAAGGCCAGCUAGAAUGCUACGAUAUACAUCCGUUGACAUGGUAUGUCCUAAAAUUUUAAAAUAAUAUGAAUGAAUUUAACUUUGUUUAAACACGGUAGUCAAUGUCAGUAUCUGAGCUACAGCGCACCUACCCCCUCCCUAAACCUAACAACAGUCACCUGAUAACAAUUAGGGGUAAAUGAUGGGUUAGGGGAGGGGUGGGUGUGCAGUUGUUCUGAUACUGAUAUUCAUUCAAACACUGUUUGAAACAUCAGUCGGAUUUCGAAAAUUGACUAAACAUUUCGUAAAAUUGGUUUAAGGAUUUGCCGAGAAGAAUUGGGACAAGCAAGUCUUCGAAAGUUAGUAAGUCAUUUACGUUUGUCUUGCUUUCCUCUCCACAGGAAUACCACUUACCUAACCAGCCUGUGCACACAGUGGAGAUUGGUGUCACACCCUACUACCGACCCCGCCCUCCCAUGAAUCGCACUCAAUCCAGUCCCACGCUCUACUCGUCAAACUUAAUCGGGAGUCCUCUGGGUUCUAGGAGGAAAAAUUCCCAGUCGGCGAAGAUUCCAAAACCUCCCACGUCAAGUGUUAACAGUGGCGAGAAUCUCCCGCCCAGACCUCCUGCGCGCGCAAUCAGGCGUCCCCUUGGUCACAGGCCCAUGUUCUCAUCCGGAAACUCUUGGAGGAAGCGGAAGUAAUUUAAGUGUAACGAUUAAGGAGGACUUCAUUGUUAUCUUUUGAACGGAAAAACUAUUUUACUUCAAAGCUCCUUUGCGGUUCCAAUCGUGUCUGUUUUCAACACGUCUUUGAUACUGAAUUUUUUGUGACUUUUUUUAAACGUGUCUCAAAGCAAUUUUUUAGUACUAUCGCCAUUUCUCUUUUUAACGUCGCAUUUCUUUUAUAAGAUAGGAACGUCAAUCUUUUUUGGAAAACGUCUCGACGAUUUUUAAUUUUUUAGUUCUAAAAUGAUUAAGACGCCGAUAGGAAUCGACCGCAGCAGUCCUUCAAAGCCGAGUUUAUUCAAUUUCGCGGGCCGAGAUAUUUUGAUCACUCGAUGGUCUAAGUUGAGGAAGGAUUCUUUGUAUUUUUCGUUGAGAAAUGUUUUUCGCUAUCGUCUCGUUCAUUUUUGGUUGCUAGGCUGGUUGAUUGUUGUUUGUUUUUGCUUUCUUUUCUGUUUUCUUGUUUUCUGUUUUUAUUUUGUUUCAUUUUCUUUUGGUUUUUUUUGUUGCAAUUUUAUUUUCAUUGAAAGGAGAAAUUUAGAUAGUGGUUACUUAGUAGUUAAAGGGUCACGCACGAUGAGGUGAAUCCAACUGAACCAGUUCUAAGUUUUUUUUUUGUCACAGACGUUUCCUAGUUUGAAUCAAUUGUAUAAAGAGAACUGGCAUUCUCAUCCUUUAUUGUUUUAUUUAUAGUGUGACAUGGCAAUGUAGAUUUAUUUAUCGACUAGCAAUUCAGAGCAUUAUUUAUUAGAUUUUAGGGUUGGAGAAGUAAAAGUGGUUUUUUGAGCUAAGCCGAGGGGAAGCCUAUGUGAAAGAUUAAAAACUUUAAUAGAAGAUUGUAGAGUAGUUAAAAAAUUGCCAGGUGAUAAACUUCAUUGUUCUAUUUUUCAUGAGUGUCAAGUCUUUUUAAGCCGAUAGUCAAGAAAUUA